AUGACUCUGGCCGCUUCUACUGCAGCAGAGAUACCCUCAUUUGGUUCUAGAGACGUUGCUGUUGUAACAGGGCAGGAGGAUGAGAUACUUGUUAUCAGAGAAACGCCGCCGCCUCCAGAGGAACUAGUUGCUGGGGCAACGCCUCUACCGUUAGAGGAUGACUUGCCUGCGCCCUGGGAGGAGAAUCCGUUUAUUCUGCCUGCAUCAACAGCUCCUGCCCUGCUGCAGACGAAUGCACGGCCAAAACGGGCUAGAGGACCUACUUUGGACUACAAGGCUAUACAUGAGGGCAAGCAGAAUCAGCCAAAACGAGGCAAAUAG